AUGUCCAAGCUGUUCCUGCGUUCAUGUCUCCUGACUCAAUCGUUGAUAUCCAGAAACGGUUCAUCACGAUUAAUUCAUCAAUUCCGAUGCUAUUCAUUGAAUUCUAUAAAAUUAUAUUCGCAAGCAAGUUCAACAUCAGAGAAUAUUAAUACUCAACAACAACCAUCAUCAACACCACCAUCGGAACAACCUAAUCAACAAAAUUCCGACCUAAAUUCAGCACAAGCUCCACAACAACAAGAACAAAAUUCUACACAAUCACAAACAUUGGGUACUUCAAAUUUACAGAUACCUCUCAAUUUGGAUUCGGCUGAGACACUGAAACAAAAGAGAGAACAAUUACAAAAGGAAUUAGAAGCACGAAAGGAUGCAGAGGUCAUGUUGAAAAAAGUAAUUUAUAGAGGAAUAAGAGCGUUUGGAGUCUUGUUUGUUGCUGUUUGUCUAUUGAUUUGGGCUGUGAAAAAGAAAAAUUUGGAAGCUAAAGUAAGAAAAUUCAAUGAAAAAAUUAAAAGGAGUGAGGAGAAGGAGAAAGAACUUGAAAAGGAUCUCGAAGAGAAUUUUUCAUACAUACGAAAAGAUAUUGAAAAUCAAUCCAAGAAAGAAUAA